AUGUCACAUUCAGCAGCUGCAAUGCAAUCUGCAAUGCCCAAUUUGCUCAUCAUAGGCUGAGAAAUAAAACUUUUAUUGUCUUGUUCUCUUUCUUUAAAUUUUUUACAAUAAUUCAUGUCGCCAAAUUAAUGAAGACUCCACGAAAGUCGUCAGGGUCCAUCAUGAGGAAAUAUUACCAACUUAUACUCAUCAUAGUGUGCUUCGUCAGCAUCGUGACGCUUCUUAUUUACCGGCACGAAUACUACCGACUGCGAUAUGUUCUCGAAGUGCUCAACUUUUUCGGGAAGCCCGGUUUGUCCGAGAUCGAGUUUUGCGGACCGGGCUUCAAUGCUACGAUGCUCACGGAGAUAAUGCGGAACUCGUCGAUGGAAGUGAGGGAGACGCCGCCGCUGUUCCAACAGAUUGACGACAAUUUCUACGCGUACUCGUCGUUUUUGCGCUCGUAUCAGAAGUACGAGAAGCUCACGCCUCACGCACACAACAUAGACACUAUCGUCAUUGGACGAGCGAACGCACGUCCUAAUUUCCGCUGUAACAUCUGGCUAGAGAACAGUUCCAAACAUAAAGUAGGCACAUUUAGUUUCAAAACAAUCUCCCAGCCUAUCAAUGGCUUCAGAUUAUUCGUAUUUCAGUGCUCAUUAAGCCAAAACUUAGGUAAAUUAAAAGGCAUAAGCUUCUAUGCCAAUGACUACAAAGUAAGUCCAAUUCAUGCACCGAUAAAUAGACUGAUUGAUGUAACUACAAAAAGGAAAUCAAGACCCAUGAGGUACACAAACAACAUCAAAUUUAUCAACAAUGUUGUACCAGCUAUGUGCAUCAUCCCAAACCAAGUGCCAAUAGUCUCCAGAGACUCCCUCAUAGAGUCCUUGGUGUUUCACCACAUGAUGGGUGUCAACUCGUUCACCAUUUAUGACAGUCUAAUCUCUGAGGACAUUGUAAAAAGACUGAAUUUGGUACCAAGUGAUAUUACUCAAUGGGACAUCCAGUUUUUCCCCUUAAAUUUCCCUUUCAACUUUGCCAAAAGUUAUGACAUAGUCAAGCAGGCAAUAGAGCUGGAUUGUCUCUUUCGGCACUUUAAGUUAGACAAAGAAGACACAAACAAGGCAAGUCAUGCUAUUGUCAUUUCCUGGGAUGAGUUUCUUGUUCCCCGCAUCCACAACAGUUUAAAAGCUGUCAUCUCUGAUUUUGACCCGACCUACAAGCAGAAAUCAAUUACAGUUGAGCCUUUGUUAUUCUGCUUAAAUCAGAAUGAUGAUGACAACUCAGAAGUUGGUUAUCCAGACAUUAUGAAAAAGACGCACUACUACCAACUACCACAGGAGAAAAAGCGGCCAGUGUAUAUAAGAAAUUUAGACUCCAUGACCACGUUUGAGGACAUUUUCAAUGCUACCACUACCACCGGGCAAGCAAUACCUGCCAAUUUGCUAGCUGUACACAAAUAUACAGAAUGCAGGGACCCAAACAGCUACCAUCCGAGAGGUGUAGGUUUCAAUGAGACGCAGAUGGAAGUGUUCCGGAACAAAUAUGAAGCAGCCAUGAUGAAGUUUGGACCGAGCUUGGUGAGCAAUAAGAUUUACAGACUGUACAGAUCAGGGCAAAUUUGGGAGAAAACAGCUAAUGACAAUGUUAGGGAUAUGCUGUAAAAAAUUCUUUAACAUUUUGGUAAAUAAUAUCUAAGCUUAUGUAAGAUGGGAUGCCUGUAUGGGUUUAAAGAAUAAGAUAAGUUAAAUAGGCAUUUAUUGAACAGCAAUAUAGUUGACAGAGAGAAUGUUGAUGAAUGUUGUUGAUUAUUAUAGACUGAUGUUCGACACAGUUGAUACAAUUAAUGAGUUAUGUGUUGGAUCAGCAAUGUUAUGAGUUAUGAACCCUUUACCGCAUACAAAGUCACAUAUGGCGGAUAUAAUAUUCAAGUCUAUUAAAGUUCGAAUUUCAACAAAUAUUUUUUAUUACAUGCAGUAAGGGGUUAAGAGUCGUUCUCAUUUUAAAACUAUGUGUUGGAUUAUAAUGAAACUUUGCACUUGCUUUACACAUAUAAUGACAUGAGGUAUAUCUAGUCCUGUAAUCAGGUUAUAUAGCUUCAGAUUACAAAACAAAUGAAAUAGAGCAAAAACGAACAACUUAAAUUCACUGUAUGUUUAUAACUAUGGUAUCUGAAGCUACAUAAAUUAAUUACCCAGCUAGAUAUACCUUAUCCUAUUGUAAGUACAAAGUUUUAGAGCAAUUUAGCUGGUCGUUUUAAAAUGAGAGCGCAACUACGUUUGUAUGGAGAACCGAGCUUACUAGGGACUCUUAAAACUCCGAAGCCUGUUCAUUACAUUACAUCUUAAACUAACAACGUAAUCACAUAAUGUCUGGGCAAGUCAGACCACUAACCGCAAUAGGUAUGCCUUAAAUCACAAGUGCCAUGGAAUAGUUAAGUAACUUCUCAGUAUUUCCCUGUAGUGACGACAAAGCAAUCCCAACCUUUUGUGGUUAGCAACAGAGUUGCAUUUUUUACUGAUAGUUGUUGUUAUUUGAUUGAACAUUUAUUUGACGUUUUAGAUGGCCUUCUAGUUAGUCAGAACUGUAACAGUUAAUACAAGGAGACAGUCAAUAUGUCCAAAUUAAUCAUACCUACUAAUAGAGUAAAAGUAUGAAUACUCUUUAAAAAGGUGUUGAGAUAUAUUUAAACACUUAGAUUACAGCAGUGUGCAUUACCUUAACCUUCUUAGAAAAUAAUGCUUGAAAUGCAUUGACAUAUAUCUAAAGACGUGUCUUACGGGCAAUAAGAAUUCGAGUCAAUCGUGCAGCCCAACACCACAACGCGAUUGGUUGGUAAGUUUGUAUCACACGCGCAAUUGGUCGCAACUAGUUGCGUUAGACUGCACGAUUGGCUCGAAUUCGUGAAUGACACCACUAAACUAGCACCAUUCUUAGUGCCCGUAAGGUCCUUAGAUAUAUGUCAAUGUUGAAAUUAUAUAAGUAACUAUAACUUUUACAAUAAUAUUAAACUGCCAAUAGACGGGAUAGUUAAAUAGUGAUCUAGAUUAUCUGUUUUUAAAUAUGAUGUUUAUGUCCACGCAAAUAUCUGUUAAAUUUUCACUACAUACUACAUAUAUCAAGCUUAUGGUUUUGCGAUAACGCGUGGUUGAGACGCUUGUAAUAGUCUGAGAGCUAGCCCCGAAAAAAUGCAUAGGUACUGUGUCUAUAAGUAUGAUAUUAUAUAAGACUGCAUGGUUAGUAUUUGUAAGAUAUUUACAGUAAUUAAAAUUGUGAUACUAACAACACUAUGAUAUAUUGAACAGAAAAUAUGAUUGCCUCUCUAAAUGUAACUCGCUAAAUUACAGUUCCCUUCACAUAUUUCCCGUAAACUUUGGCUUAACAAAACUGUAUUUACUUAUUUUUUAUUGUACAAUAAUAUAAUAAUUAACUAAUCAUUUGAUUUAGAAAAAAUAACUGAUUAGCCGGGUCCACACAGCGAGCAUACGCGCGAGGCAAUUUCCUCACGCACAAUACGGCCGGUGUAGACGUGCCUCGGGCCGUAUUGUGCGUGAGGAAAUUGCCUCGCGCGUAUGCUCGUUCUGUGUGGACCCGGCUAUUUUCGUGACAGAAAGUUCUUAUGUACUUACUUACUUAUACAGGGUGAUUCAGGAUACGUGAGCAGGAUCAAGCUUGAGCAUUCAGUAAGUUAUAAGCAACUGUUUCAUACCAGUAUUUGUGAGAUUAACGUUGUUUUAUUUUUUACUGUUCAAAAAAAAUGUUUUAAUUUAUUUACGCCAUGUAUGGUCACCCUCUUUGUUUUAUCCAUAACAAGUGACAAAUUGAAUGUCAUCGUAGUCUGGUUACUUUUGAAAAAUCGUAUCUCACUCAAGUGUGACAUUUUGUUUUCUUCAUAACUGCUGUCAUAACGGUUAAAGAGGUUUUAUCUUUCUUAAUUAAGUGUUGUACCUCGUAUAUCCCGAAAACCGUGGUUCUAUCGAUUCCGUACGUCUCCGAAAUGGGUAAUAUCCACCAUCUGUCGUUUACGUUUGGGCAAAGUAUGUACUCCGUUAUUUCUGGCUAUGAUAGGUGUUCGUGCGAACUCAUUGUGUGAUUGUGGGCUUGAUGAGGGCAACUUGGACCACAUUUUCUUUGCAUGCUCAAAGUGUAGCUACUCACUGUACGAUGUAUUGCCCGAUAAUGUUCCACGACCUAUAUGCUUCAGCUCGCUACUUUGUUACAUGGAUCCUAUUCUAACUUCUAUCCUAAUUAAAUAUUUACAAGCAAAUAACAUUAAACUAUAAAUAAAGUAUUAUCUUUUCAGACCUAAUUAUAUAUCUUUAAUUUUAUACACACUCUACAUUAUACAUUUAUAUGGUUUUCUUCUCUCUCACUUCCUUCAUGUUGGCACUAUUAACGUUCUGUCAUCCGCUUCCCGCUUAUUUGCUAACAAUUGUAUACGUCAUGUGUUCGUUUGUGAUGUCCAUAACAAUUAUUUGUUUUUUAGGUUCUCCCUACCACAUCCUUCCACAAGCUCAAAAUAUUACCGAACAUUCUCCUCUCGUGUGAAAGUCAACACCGACAUUGGCGAAUUCACCCUGUGCAAAUUGGCAGGGAGUAAAAGCCAGAAGAAAAAAAAAAAAAAAAAAAAAAAAUUAAGUGUUGUAGGGUGUCCAUGAUUGUAGAUUAUCAAAUUUGUCCUUCCCAAAAAGUUAAAUAACAGAAAUAAAGCGAGAUUGUUUUACUUAAAUAUGAUGAUGAACGGUUCAUUAACAUUUACUGAUUGUGUAUGCUUAGUCCUGCUCACGUCUCAUGAAUCACCCUGUAUAUCCUAAUCCGAAAUGUAUGUAAGUAAUUUCUACAUGAAGUUAUUGCCUAUAAAUGUAGAAAGUAUGCGAAAUCGCCGUAGCUAAUCUAAGCAAGUUUGCUCGCAAUAUAAAAUUGGUAUAGUUGCACUACACCUAGAAAUUUGUAUAAACUAUAAGUCUGUAUCUUUAGGUAUUUUAAAGAAUGUAAACAAACCAGAAUUUGGUAUUUUAUUGGGCAAGGAAAUCUUCAAGUAAAUUAAUUCAAUGUGCCUAGAGAUGGGUAGGAGUGAGUAAAUACUGAGUAUUUAUCAGUAUUUACUGAGUAUUUACUCAAAGUACUCGAUAAAUACUCGUAUUUACUCAUUUAGGUGAGUAAAAACGAUUGCUAAUAAAAUAUUUAAAAAAGUAAGAUUUAAGAACUUGUUUUUUAUUGAACAGUGUUUUAUUAAGGCUUUUUUAAUGAAAACUCAAAAAUGGCUCAACCGGUCAUGUUCAAAGUAUUUUUUUGUUAGUACUCAUACUAUUUUUCGUUAAUCUAUCUACGGCUAAUCUCCGGAUAUUUUAUUGAACUUUGAUUUGAAAGUUAAAGAGGGAUAAACAUUUUUUCGGCCUUUAGAAACGGGUUUCUUCCAAAAGUAUUCAAUCUAUUUACUCACUACCCAUCUCUAGUUGUUCCAAAACUUACAGAGUUUUACUAUGAUAUAUUACUUACUCAACAUAACAACGAAGCUGAUGUAAUCGCGCUAUUUUGUUAAUAGAAAUAUAUCGGGAUGAUUUGAUUAAUCAAUAGUAAUUUAGUUUUGUAAUAUUUGCUAGUACUUCGCCCUAGUAAAGAACCUAAAACGAGAUUGAAUAAUUACCCUUAAUUAGCCGAGGAACAGAUCUAGGCAGUUUUCUUUGUUUUUUUUUUAAUGAUAUAUUCUGAUGGUAAGCGAUUACCGCCGCCCAUUGACACCUGCAAUACCAGAGGGGUUGUAAGUGCGUUGCCGGUCCUUAAGAUGGGAGUACGCUCUUUUCUGGAAGUUUUGAAGGUCGUAUCGGUCCGGAAAUACCGCAGGCGCCAGUUCAUUCCACAGUUUAGCUGAGCGAGGCAGGAAGUUUCUGGAGAAACGCACAGUUGAGGACUGCCAACCAUCUAAGUGGUGAGGAUGGAAAUGUUGUCGCGUAAGGCGAUGGCGAAAAGAAGCGGCAGGGAUUAAUCGAACAAUCCUCGGAGCACUCCCCGUUAUACAUGCGAUAGAAAAUGCAGAGCGAGGCCACAUCUCUACGCAGCGCCAAGGAGUCAAGCCGAUCCGAAACACGCUGGCAGUCCACAAUUCAAUUCGCUCUUAGUUGGAUGCAGUCCAGAGGUAGAAGCUGGUACUGGGGUGCCCCUGCCCAUAGAUGAGAACAGUAUUCCAUGUGCUAUUUGGUUGGUUACUUAACAAAAAAAAAGUUUCAAGUACUCGAAAAUAUAACAACACAUUGUUUAUAUUUAUUUAGCUACCUAAAGAUACAGACUUAAUAUCAGCCAUUGUAAAUUGUUUCUGAAUUCUAUAUCUGUCUUCUCGGUAUGUUAUUAAAAGAAUAUAAAUAAACAAAACCACUCUGUCAAAAUGUUAAUAAUAUUGCCUGAAUAUUUCGAGGUUUUGUUUACUUCUAAAAACCUACCUAAAUGAACAGGUGGUCGAGAUUAAGUAGAAUUUGUUUUUAUAAACAUUAAAUAUAAACCUAAGCUUUUGUUUAA